ACUUGUGCAGUCGUCAACGACAACGCCUUCGCUUUCGUGCAGAUAACAAAUAUACAUAUAUACAAGUAUACUAACAAAUAUACUUUUCAUUAUCGGUGUGUUAUCGCUAAUUCCAGUUCCAGCCUCCAUUGUAUUUCGACUUCGACUUUCGCUUAACGCUGAUCAGUGCCUAAACACUUGCCGCUUGAAUCAGUUGUGGGCAGCACAACUUUAAUAUGGGACUUGAAAAAUUUUUGCCAUGCUCGGUGCAGCUGUCUAAGAUACUGGCCAAAUCUGGUCACGAUGUGCUCUGCGUUAUAGAUCGAGCAGUGCCAGCCGAGCUGGUCGAUACCUUCAAUGAGCACCGUGCCUUUGACAAGUCUUUCGAUAGUGUGGUCUCGUGCUUCAAAUCGGCCAAACUCGAUCUACCAGUGAUAUAUUCGCCCGUGGAGGACCAAUCGGACUACUGCGAUGUGCGCAGCUAUCAGCAGGCAGCCGCAAAGUCCUUGCAGCGCGCUAUUAAGGCUGGUUACCAAAAGCCACUGCUGCUGGUGCCCAAGAGCAAGCGCUUUGCGCAGUCGGAGCUCUGCACUGUACUGGGUGCAUUAGAAGAACUGUAUGUGCCAAUUCAACUGCGUGAAGACGUGCCGGACAAGAAAUGCCGCAUCAAUUCGCUGUCCCUCAUGAUUGACAGUCCUAAGGCUGAUGCUAUUAUGCAGGAAGCUUUGCUGUUGGAGGCGGCGCGCUUUAUUGCGCGCGACAUUGGUGUUGGUGAUCCAGAGCGCAUGGCGCCACCACGUGUGGAGGAUUACAUUAAGCCUGUGUUCAGCAAUCUGCAAAUCAAGGUAAUCAGCGAUGUCAAGGAGCUCACCAAGGAGUAUCCACUGUUUGCAGCGGUUAAUCGCGCUGCCAGUGUGGUGCAGCGUCAUCGGGGUCGCAUCAUCUUUCUGGAGUACAAGCCCCCAAAGCCGUCGCGCAAGACGCUGAUGCUGGUUGGCAAGGGUGUGACCUAUGACACUGGCGGCGCUGACAUCAAGGCUGGUGGCAUUAUGGCGAGCAUGUCGCGCGACAAGUGCGGCGCUGCUGCCGUCGCUGGCUUCAUGAAGGUUGUCAGCGAGCAGCAACCAGAGGACAUACAUGUGAUUGGCGCACUUUGCCUGGUGCGCAACUCUGUGGGCGAGGAGUGCUAUGUGUCCGAUGAGAUCAUCACCUCGCGCGCUGGCGUGCGCGUGCGUGUGGGCAACACCGAUGCCGAGGGGCGGAUGUGCAUGGCGGAUAUACUCUGCCGCAUGAAGGAAAUCGCUGUGGAGCAGAAAUUACCCAAUGCUCAUCUGUUUACCAUUGCAACGCUGACGGGUCAUGCGUAUAUGUCGGCUGGCAUUGGCCAGUCGAUUGCUGUGGACAACAGCGUUGCCGCCAAGGAAGAUCAUGCGCGCAGAUUGCAAGCUGCUGGCCAAGCCUACGGCGAGCCCUUCGAGGUUUCCGUGCUGCGCAAGUGUGACUUUGACUUCAAUGCGCCCAAGGUCAUUGGCGAGGAUGUGGUGCAGUGCAACAAUGCCUCAUCGGUGCGCACGCCACGUGGCCAUCAAGUUCCGGCUGCAUUUAUGAUCACGGCCACUGGCCUCGACAAGCAUGGCUUGGAGUCGGAGCACCCGCUUAAGUAUACCCAUUUGGAUAUUGCCGGCAGCGCAGGCGAAUACCCAGAAAUGCCAACUGCCGCUCCAAUUGUGGCGUUGGUCAAAACACACUUGUCGGAUUAAAUUCGAUGGAUAAAUAAACAUACUUACAUAAAUAUGUCAAAAGUACUUAUACCUUAUGUAUUCACUGUAUGCAUCACUUUUUGAACUUAUUUUAUAAUAAAUGCGCAGAAUUUUUAAAGCAAAA